AUGUGGCAGAAGAAGGAGCCUAGUAAGGAGAACCCACAAAUGAGCGGGCAACCAUCAACACCAGGCGCCAUCUUAGGUGAUAAAUGGCCCUCCUUGGUCACUUCACCCAGGCAAAGGAUAAGUGGAAGUAACCUUCUGCAAAACCCCUCCAGUAAUGCUGGAGAGAACCAAACAAACCCUCAUGAAAACUUCACAAGGAAAACUUCCAGCAAAACAUUGCUGGAGGAUAACGGGCACCUCGAAAGAUGGUACCACAAGGCCACACAGAUGGCUGAACUUCUAACUUUCACCCCACACAUAGACAGGGUGAAGUGGGACUGGUUAAAUAACGAGCCUGCACUCUCACAUGGACUAAAACUCCAUGAAGAAGCCCUCCUUAGAGAUAAAGGGGGGAAAUUUCUUGAAGUUCUCGAUACUCUAAUGAGGACAUAUAUCAAGGAGCCCGCCACAUUGAAGGUGAUGGAAAAAUACUGCAAUGUAAAGUACAAUGCAGGAAAAGGACCCGGACAGUCCUACCCAGAACCAUCGCUUAAUGCUAGGUAUCUGGAAAACAUCCUCCCUGAAUGCAAGGAGGAAACAAUCAAAAUGGGAUUCUCCUCUUUUGAGGAGAUGUUCAGAACAACAUCUCGCAUGGAUGAGAUGAAAAACAGGCUGAGGAUAGCUCCAGCCUACAGGCCAGAAUGCUAUGCCAGACCUGAAACCACCAUGACCACAAAUUGUGAAAAGCCCAACCAGGCGGGAAAGGAGAAACACGCAGAGGCAAGAGCCAAUGUGCAAGACCCUAAACCCAAAUGGAAAGGCGAAUCCUCCCUGAAGCAGUCAGGGAACACCGACCAAAGGCUGGUACAAGUACACAAUAAUUGCGGAAUACCAGAGCGGACAAAGAGCUGCCCUGAGCACCAGUUAGUAGGAGACAGAAACCCAAGGCACAGGAUUGCCAGGGAAGUCGACUACAAAACAGAAGUGGAGGACACCUCCAAUGACUUUGAACCAGAGGACCCAAACAAGGGACCUCACUACUCACCCAGAAGAAAGGGCGAGGACAUCAGUGUUGGGACCACAAUAAUGGCCCCAAGAUCUGACAUCAUUGAAAACAAUGACGAAAAAAAUACACUAAAACUGGCAAUAAGCCAGACCAAAAAAAGAACUACCAACUCUUUGGUGACGACACCAAAGAGGGAUUCCCCUGAGGAAAGUCACUCAGAAGACAACACCCCCAAGAAAAAAACCUCAGAGGGAGACCCACUGAAGGAGGACCCUUUGGAAGAAACCACCCCAGAGUCUCCAGAAGAAGACGAGCUCUGGGUGGAGUUUAUACUCGGCUGGCUAGUGGCCACAAUCCGCCCUCUCCCCAGUAGAAAUACUGGGCUGCAUCAUGCACAAUUGGCUGACAAGGCCAAUCAGCCCUCCUCGUACCUGAAGGAGGACCAAGAAUUGGCAGAUAAGAUCAAGUAG